AUGUCUCUUUAUGAUAUUCUGGGAGUGGACUCUUCUGCCUCCUCGGUCGAGAUUCGUAAAGCUUAUAGAAAAUUGGCUUUGCAACACCAUCCUGACAAAGUCCCAGAGGAAGAGAGAGAACAGGCAGAGAUCAAAUUCAAAGAGAUCAGCAGUGCCUACGAAGUCCUUAUAGACGAAGAGAAAAGAAACGCAUACGACACAUACGGAACCACAGAUGGUGUUCCUAACGGGUUUGGCUACCAUGAUUCAGGAUUUGCAAACGCUGCAUUUGGAGAAGGUGACUUCGAUUUUGAUCCUCAGGACUUUGCCAAUUUCUUCAAUGGGAUGGGAGGCUCUUAUGGGAGAGGACCACCACCUAAAACGAAAACGGAGGAUGCAGUUUUGAAUGUCGAAGUAACCUUGGAAGAAAUCUACAACGGUAAGGUGAUAAAAACCUCCUCUACGCGGAAUAAGUUGUGCAAGCACUGCAAGGGCAGCGGAGCACGUAAGUCGGCAAUUCCAAUAAAAUGCACCACUUGUCAUGGUGAUGGAUAUGUCAUGAAGAUCCGACAGUUGGCGCCAGGACUGGUAACCCAGCAGGCUGUUCCAUGUUGGAGAUGCAAGGGAAAAAGAACUAUCCACAAAGACAAAGAUAAUUGUAAAAAAUGCAAAGGCAAAGGAGUGGUGGAGGAGUCCAAAAUUCUGGAAUUCAAUAUCCCAAGGGGAGCUCCCGAGGUGGGGUCAGUUAUCUUAGAAGGUGAAGCCGACGAAGAGCCAGGACUGAAGCCUGGGGAUGUGAUAUUGCAAUAUAAAACGAAAAAGCAUCCAAUAUUCAAGCGACAAAACCAAAACCUGUACACGAAAGUGUCGAUUUCGUUGGUCGACGCUUUGUGCGGGUUUGAAAAUCGGAAGUUAGUGAAAACACUGGAUAAUAGAUGGAUAUCAAUUUCUGUGCCUGCUGGGAAAGUUCUGCGGCCAGGGGACUCGAUUGUAGUUCCAAAUGAGGGAAUGCCGCUAGAUGACAAUUCGAACAAAAAUGGAGAUCUUUAUAUUGGAGUCGAGAUUCAAUUCCCCAAGGACAACUGGUUUUUGGAGAAGAACGACAUCAGCAAGCUCAAAUCAAUUUUGGAUAUAAGUUAUGGUGGACAACCUCAGACGGCGGCUGGUGAGAUCGAGGACGGAGAAAUUGUAACCAACGUGGCAUUCAAAAUACAAUCAAAGCACGAACUGCCAAAAUCAUUCAACUCCUAUUUCAGUGACACUGAUGUCACUCAUAUUGGGGUGGAAGAGCCAGAACAGAAGAAAGGGUGGUUUAGCUGGUUUUCUUGAACAUAGUUUUCCUGUAUAUGACGAAGUAAAGAGUCUCAGCGCUAUUAAAGUCUCUUUGGUUUGUAGGGGUGAUGCAACUCUGUUUCCUCUCGUAUUUUGUCAAGCUUCUUGGAUUCUGUCUCUUCCCCUUCUUCUGGGAAUUCCAACACCAAUUCGUUCGAUUUGAAGGCACCUUCUAGAGAAUCUUGUUCUUCCAUGUCUUUCAAAUAUGACAGAUCUAGUUCAAGCGGGUCAUCGAUGCUUUUUGUUGACUUGCGUUUGUUGUUCAGUAUAUCAUCAAGAAGGUCAUCCGGAAUCGGCGUUAACGUGUUCGGAACGUAGGGAAGCUCGUCUUCCGCUGCUGGGACAAUCUCAAUGGCAUCAUCAUCAUCAUCAAAUUCCUCUUUUGCCGAUAGCUUAUGCUUAGUUUUAAAUUGGGGUGAAUCGCGUUGAACUUUGAACUUUCGAACAGCGACAGCAUUCGGAUCAUUAUCAAACAAAUGCAAGUCGUUUAGCGUCGAGGUCUUCCUAACCUUAUUGUAAUUUCCAUACUCCUGUGGUUUCACGAUAGCAUUUGAGGAUUUGGUUCGCAACACGCUCUUCGAUGACUUCCGUGAGAUACUCUUAUCGGAACGCAAAUCGUUACUUUUAGAAUGUAGCGCGUU